UUCAAAACAAUGGUCGCCACUCGAUUGGCUACAAUUUUCUUCGCAACCGUAGUACUUUCCUCGGUUCAACUUUUCGAUGCACAGCAGCAGGAACAACCAGGCGUCGCACCGCUCCCCGAAUGGAUCGUAUUUUCCCGGCAAACCAAAUUAGACAUCCAAAUUCUGGAACCCAGUGGCAUUCAGGUUUGGACCAGGUACAAAUCGAAAUAUCGGAGCUUCGGAGUUGAGCUGUACGUCAAUCCAACUAGAGACGAGUCCCACUGUGACCUGUGUAGGAAUGUAAGCAGUCCCGUGGAUGGAAAGUUUUUAAUUCAAGAUGACAAACUGCAGGUGAAGCUAGGCGAUACCAUUAAGUAUCGCGUGGUGAAGGUCAAGGCCCAGGAGAUCAAGUGGUCACCGUGGAAGUAUGUUUUUGUCGAUAAGAAACUGUUUUACGAUUCCGAAAGCUUUUGUGCCUCGCAAUGCGAACAAUCCAAAGACAUCGCCACAGUUCGAUACCUUGAGCGAUACCUGGAGAACAUGAUUACCGAUUGCAGUCUAUCGCAAAUUUCCGGACAGCUAUUUUUCCCUAUGGAUCAAGCAUCGUCCUUCGUUAACAACCCGGAACGCUUUGUCAAGACUCGUCUCUAUUCGAUGGAUCAGCUAAGGCCCCUGGUCGAUCAUGUGCAACACUGCUUCGUAUCGACGGAUGGAGUGGGUUUCAAAAUGCGUACCAUCACGGAGAAGCUCAAAGUACUGGAAGCGGGCCGAGAGCGGCUCGGUGUUGUGGACUACGACGAGUAUUUGAUUGUCCCCGGUUCUAGUGCACCGGAGGCACGUUCGUAAACACCGCAAAUAUAGGUAAACCAUGUGGAAGCCAACGCAAACAACAUGCUGAGAAGGAGCAAGCACAAAAAAGAGACGUGUGUGUGUGCUUGAUAUGUGCAGAGCAGAAUUAAAUUUGCCUAGUUUAAAUUUAAAUUAAGUGCAAACUCUUUUCAAAUAUUACGUGACUUGAUUU